AUGGCCUCUCCAGGUGAGGAGACACCCCUCAUCUCUCAGCGCUCCUGCAGCCUCUCAUCUGCAGAAGUCGACGCCGUGCAUGUGCUGCUCCCCGCCAGGGGCCUAGGCCCCCCUCGGUGCCUCUCCUUCUCCUUUGGGGACUACCUGGCUGAGGAUUUGUGCGUGCAGGCUGCCAAGGCCAGCGGAAUCCUGCCUGUGUACCACUCCCUCUUUGCCCUGGCCACUGAGGACCUGUCCUGCUGGUUCCCCCCCAGCCAUGUGUUCUCCGCCGAGGAAGGGGACACACAAGUCCUGGUCUACAGGCUCCGUUUUUACUUCCCCAACUGGUUUGGGUUGGAGCAAUGUCACCGCUUUGGGCUCCGCAAGGACCUGGCCAGCGCCAUCCUGGACCUGCCAGUCCUGGAGCACCUCUUUGCCCAGUACCGAAGCGACCUGGUGAGCGGGCACCUGCCCGUGGGGCUCAGCCUGAAGGCGCAGGGAGAGUGCCUCAGCCUGGCUGUGCUGGACCUGGCACGGAUGGCGCGGGAGCAGGCCCAGCGGCCAGAGGAGCUGCUCAAGUCGGUCAGCUACAAGGCCUGCCUGCCGCCAGGCCUGCGCGACCUCAUCCAAGGCCUGAGCUUCGUCACGCGGAGGCGCAUCCGGCGGACCGUGCGCCUGGCCCUGCGUCGCGUGGCUGCGUGCCAAGCCGACCGGCAAUCGCUCAUGGUCAAAUACAUCAUGGACCUGGAGCGCCUGGACCCGGCCGGGGCCGCCGAGACCUUCCCCGUGGGCCUCCCGGGGGCCUCCAGCGGCCCAGACCAGCAAGGGCUACUGAGGGUGGCUGGAGGCAGCGGCAUCACCUGGAGGCCCGGAGACCAGGAGGCCCUCCAGCCCUUCUGUGACUUUCCUGAAAUUGUGGACAUUAGCAUCAAGCAGGCCCAGCACAUGGGCCCGGCCGGGGAGUCCCGUCUGGUCACGAUCACCAGGACAGACAACCAGAUCCUGGAGGCCGAGUUCCCUGGGCUGCCGGCUGCAUUGUCCUUUGUGGCGCUUGUGGACGGCUACUUCCGGCUGACCACCGACUCCCGGCACUACUUCUGCAAGGAGGUGGCCCCCCCACGGCUGCUGGAGGAAGUGGCCGAGCAGUGCCACGGCCCCAUCACACUGGAUUUUGCCAUUGACAAGCUCAAGACCGCAGGCUCACUCCCUGGCUCCUACAUUCUCCGCCGAAGCCCCCAGCACUUUGACAGCUUCCUCCUCACUGUCUGCGUCCAGACUCCCCUUGGUCCGGAUUUCAAGGGCUGCCUCAUCCUGCAAGAUCGUACCGGAACCUUCUCUCUGUCUGGCCUGGGCCGGCCCCACGGCAGCCUCCGAGAGCUCCUGACAACAUGCUGGGAUGGGGGGCUGCAUGUGGAUGGGGUUGCACUGAACCUCACCUCCUGCUGCCCCCCCAGGCCCAAAGAGAAGUCCAACCUGAUCGUGGUCCGGGGAGGCUGUAGCCUGCCUACGUCACCCCCCAUUCAGCCCCAGGCCCAAUGCCAGCUGAGCCAGAUGAUGUUUCACAAGAUCCCCUCUGACAGCCUGGAGUGGCAUGAGAACUUGGGCCAUGGGUCCUUCACCAAGAUUUACCGGGGUCAUCGCCAGGAGGCGGUAGACGGGGAGGUCCGGGAGACCGAGGUGCUGCUCAAGGUGAUGGACGCCAAGCACAAGAACUGCAUGGAGUCGUUUCUGGAAGCAGCGAGCUUGAUGAGCCAGGUGUCCUAUCCGCAUCUUGUGUUGCUGUACGGCGUGUGCAUGGCUGGCGACAGCAUCAUGGUGCAGGAGUUUGUGCACCUGGGGGCGCUGGACACGUACCUGCGCAAACGUGGCCACCUGGUGCCAGCCAGCUGGAAGCUACAAGUGGUCAAGCAGCUGGCUUAUGCGCUCAACUACCUGGAGGACAAAGGCCUCCCCCAUGGCAAUGUCUCGGCCCGGAAAGUGCUCCUGGCUCGGGAGGGGGCUGAUGGAAGCCCACCCUUCAUCAAGCUGAGUGACCCCGGGGUUAGCCCCACAGUGCUAAGUCUGGAGAUGCUCACCGACCGGAUCCCCUGGGUGGCCCCCGAGUGUCUCCAGGAAGCCUGGACGCUCGGCUUGGAGGCUGACAAGUGGGGCUUUGGUGCCACGGUCUGGGAGGUGUUCAGCGGGGUGCCCGUGCCCAUCAGUACCCUGGAACCCGCCAAGAAACUCCAGUUCUACGAGGACCGGCGGCAGCUGCCAGCCCCGAAGUGGACGGAGCUGGCCCUGCUGAUCCAGCAGUGCAUGGCCUAUGAGCCGGGGCACAGGCCCUCCUUCCGGGCUGUCAUCCGAGACCUCAACAGCCUCAUCACUUCAGAUUAUGAGCUCCUCUCGGACCCCUCGCCUAGCGCCCUGGCCCCCCGUGAGGGGCUGUGGAGUGGUGCCCAGCUGUAUGCCUACCAGGACCCCACCAUCUUCGAAGAGAGGCACCUCAAGUACAUCUCACAGUUGGGCAAGGGCAACUUUGGCAGCGUGGAGCUGUGCCGCUAUGACCCUCUGGGCGACAACACGGGCGCCCUGGUGGCCGUGAAGCAGCUGCAGCACAGCGGGCCAGACCAGCAGAAGGACUUCCAGCGGGAGAUCCAGAUUCUCAAAGCGCUGCACAGCGACUUCAUCGUCAAGUACCGGGGUGUCAGCUACGGCCCUGGCCGCCAGAGCCUCCGCCUGGUCAUGGAGUACCUGCCCAGCGGCUGCCUGCGCGAGUACCUGCAGCGGUACCGCGCGCGCCUGGACGCCGGCCGCCUGCUCCUGUACGCCUCGCAGAUCUGCAAGGGCAUGGAGUACCUGGGCUCCCGCCGCUGCGUGCACCGCGACCUGGCCGCGCGCAACAUCCUGGUGGAGAGCGAGGCGCACGUGAAGAUCGCCGACUUCGGUCUCGCCAAGCUGCUGCCGCUGGACAAGGACUAUUACGUGGUCCGCGAGCCAGGCCAGAGCCCCAUCUUCUGGUACGCGCCGGAGUCCCUCGCAGACAACGUCUUCUCGCGCCAGUCCGACGUCUGGAGCUUCGGGGUUGUCCUGUACGAACUCUUCACUUACAGUGACCGGAGCUGCAGCCCCUCGGUGGAGUUCCUGCGGAUGAUGGGGUGUGAACCGCAGGCCCCUGUCCUCUGCUGCCUGCUGGAGCUGCUGGCAGAGGGCCAGAGGCUGCCUGCACCCGCUGGCUGUCCCACCGAGGUUCAUGAGCUCAUGAAAUUGUGCUGGGCCCCCAGCCCACAGGACCGGCCUUCCUUCAGCACCCUGGGUCCCCAGCUGGAUGCACUGUGGAGUGCAAGCAGAAGGUAG